AUGUGUUUACAUGGAUGCUGUUCAAAUGAGAAAUGUGUUGCUAUUUUAGAUCAACGUAAGAAAAUAUUAUCACCACUUAGUCAAACAAAUUCAACUAUAAAUUCUGGUGAUUGUAUAUCAUUAUUAUCAAGUGAUUAUAAUGAGAGUUAUAAAGAUAAUCUACUUAAAAUUCAUCCAUAUACAAGAAAAAAAUCAAUUGAACUACAUCAAAUUAUUUAUUGUCCAAUUGAAGAACAAAUGUGGUCAUAUGAAAGUGAACAAGAUUUAUCAUUAUUAAAUACAAGUGAUUAUUUAUUUUAUUCAUUAAAUGAUGAAAAAUGUUUGCUAUGCAAUCAAAUAAUUGAUUCAUUACUAAUAAAUCAGUUAGAUAAUGAAUUAUUCAAUGAACAAUUAUUAAUUAGAGUAAAUAAUCAUUAUAAUCAAAUGAAAUAUGAAUGUGAUAAAUGCAUUCAUAACAAAAAAGAAAACAAUAAUAUUAUCAAUAGUGUUACUACAUGUACAGAUAAAAAUUUAUCUCUUUCAACAAUAAAUAUGAUAAAUGAUAUUGAUAUACCGACAACACUGACAACUGAAUUUCCAUCGAAUAUUUUACAAAUAAAUAUUAAUGAUAAGGAUGAUAAUAAUGUGUUAUUAAGUCAAACAUGUGAAGUAAGUGAUGAUAAUACACUACUUAAAAAUAAAAAAGUAAUAAAAAAGCAGAAAUGUCUAACAGAAAAGUUAAACUGUCGUCUACCAACAACUCAUCAAUCGAUAACAUUAAAUGUUAAUGGUCAACCUUGUAAUACUUGUUGUACAUCAACAAGUUAUGGUUUAAAAUGGACAGAAAUAGAAAAAGAAAAUGUUUCAUCAGAUUAUUAUAUCAGUGAUUUAGGUGAUAUAUCCUAUGAUGAAUGUGUUAAAAAGCUGGAUAUCAAUCAAUCAAAGAAGUCAUCAACUAUAAAAAAAGAUAAAUGUAAGUGUUAUUGUCAAGUGGUUCAUUUAAUGGAUAAAAACUCCACAAAAGAUAAUAUACCGUCAUAUCAUAGACACUUUUUGCCAACAUCAGUUGUACAACAAAAAACUGUAUUCAUUGUAUCACCGAAUCAAUCACCAUCUGUAUUAUCCUUAUCAUCUACUGCGGCAGCAUCAUCAUCAACAACAACAUUAUGUACUUCAACUUUACCAGAUUAUUCAGUUAACUGUUUAGAAAAUUCAUAUACAUAUUCAUUAAAUUCAAAUGAAAUAUCAUUGGAUAAUUUUACUGAUAAACUACACACAUUUUGUCAUCAGGUAGUUAAACAACAUCCAUUAAAUAUAAUAUGA